CAUCUUAUCGCUGAUCUUUCUUGACCGUGUUUGAGUUUGUUUCUGCUUCUUCCCUUUUCCCCAUCCUCUUUCUGAAGCGUACUUACCGUUGUUGCUUCACCGAUACCGCACACAAUCAAGAUGCCGCUGCAGACUGAACUUACCCGCCGACUCGGCAUCACAGUGCCCGUCAUUCAGGGUGGCAUGCAGCAUGUAGGAACAGCCGAGCUGGCCAGUGCCGUGUCCAAUGCCGGCGGCCUGGGUAUCAUUACUGCCUUGAUCUUUCCUGAGCCGGAGGGUCUCCGUCAGGAGAUUCGCAAGUGCAAGAAGCUGACGACGAGGCCAUUCGCCGUCAACAUCACUCUUCUGCCUGCCCUUGUCCCCCCUGACUAUGAGGCUUACGCCCAGGUUGUCAUUGAUGAGGGUAUCAAGAUCGUGGAGACUGCUGGCAACUCUCCUGGUCCCGUCAUCAGCAAGCUCAAGAAGGCUGGCGUCACUAUCCUCCACAAGUGCACCACCAUUAGACAUGCUCAGUCUGCGGUGAAGCUCGGCGUCGAUUUCUUGAGCAUCGACGGUUUCGAAUGUGCCGGCCACGUCGGUGAGUCGGACAUUACCAACUUCAUCCUCCUCAGCAAGGCCCGCCAGACACUCAAUGUACCCUUCAUCGCCUCGGGUGGCUUCGCCGACGGCCAAGGCCUCGCUGCUGCGCUCAUGCUCGGCGCCUGCGGUGUCAACAUGGGCACUCGCUUCCUCUGCACCGUCGAAGCCCCCAUUCACCACAACAUCAAGGAGGCGAUUGUCAAGGCGCAGGAGACAGACACGGCGCUUGUCCUCAGGCGCUGGCGCAACACCACCCGUCUCUUCAAGAACAAGGUAGUGCGGGAUGCCCUCAAGGUGGAGAAGGAGAGCAAGACGGGCGAGUUCUCCGAGAUUGCCCCGUACGUCAGUGGAAAGCGCGGCAAAGAGGUCUUCAUCAACGGUGACCCCGAGUAUGGUGUCUGGACUGCGGGUCAGGUUAUGGGUCUCAUCAAUGACAUCCCGACCUGCAAGGAUCUCAUUGCGCGCAUCGAGAAAGAGGCCGAGGAGACAAUCAAGGAGAAGGUCAAGCUUUUUGCCGCGCCGUCGAAACUAUAGAGCCGGUCAUAAUUGAGUUUCGACUUGCUGUGCAUGCUUGGAUUUUGUCGGUGUUUGGGGCAAAUGUAUUCUUUUGGUUUCCUAUUUUCAUCCUCAAUUUCUUUUUCCUCUCUCCUUGUAUGUGCCGUGCAGGUAAUUUUGAGGAGUGGGGACUGGUGUUUCGAUACAUACAAAUCCCAAAGCAGUCGCCUGCUGGGGCCAGCGCAUCAAACUCAGUAAAGCCAUGGAUUCAUAUGA